AUGUUCCCACAAGGAUCUGGGUUCAACAGCCAAACGGCGGCGGAUCAAGAUAAGAUUCGCCAGAUCUUUGCAACACUGGCCAUGCAAAAUCCACAGCUGGCUCAACAGGCUUUGAUGGCUCAGAUUCCUGCUCGGUUCCUUCAACAUUUGCAGCAACAACAGCAACAACAACAACAACAACAGCAACAACAACAACAACAGCAACAACAACAACAACAACAACAACAACAACAGCAACAACAACAACAACAGCAACUCCAACAACAACAGCAAAUUCAGCAACAACAGCAACUUCAGCAACAAUAUCAACAACUCCUUCAACAGAUCAUGCUUCAACCUGGAAAUUCUCAAAUACCGGCUUCGGUGGCUACUGAGGCGCAACGAAGUGCCGCAUUGGAGGUGCAAAAUCGAAUUCUCCAGCAACAACACCAAAAUGCUCUCCUCUCAACGGCGGCUUACACGAUGCCCUCGAAUCUCGUUUCACAAUUUGAACCACCCCGUCGACCGUCACUCCUUUCAAAUAUGGAACAGCAACGACCCAAGUUGACAACCAUGUUGCAUCCAGAUGCUUUACACGUUGAUACAUCUAAUCUCUGUUCGGGCAACAUCGAGCCAUCGCCCAUUCCAACAGCUGCCAGUCCUGAAGAGGACAACAAGCCUGAGUGGCUCCCUGAGAAACGAAAACACAGUGAACGCUUGGAACAAAUUGAAAAUGAGAAAAAGAGAACGCAAAGCACAAUCACAACGCUAAAGAAACGGGUCGAAACUUUGAAAGAAAUCCAAGAACAAAAAGAUGAUGGACAAGAUGAAGAAUUGAAAGAAGAAAAGCUGAAAGAUCUCUCGCUCGCUGAGAAGAUUUAUCUCCAGACAAAGACAAUCACUCAAGCUACUCAUAUCAAGAAAGGCUUAGAAUCAGAUGAGAUAAAGACUUGUGUCCUUGAACCAAAUGAAGUACCGGGAAUGGAAAAACUCAUGGAGGAUUUUGAGAAAUUUCGUCCUAGUCUUUUGGACAAUCAUCGACGUCGGGCUAGCUUGUGCGAGAAAAUCAAUAAGCAAUAUAUGGAAGAAUACAAUGAUUCAUUGAUCUCAUGGGCUCAGAAAAUGGAAAAGUGGCAAGAUCGACCAAUAAAACGAAAACAAGAUCAACAACGACGGGCAAUUUACGAGGAGAUUUUCCCCGAUUUAAAAAACACUUAUGAUCGUCAAGUGCGAAAAGAGCGAUAUAUACAACGUUGUGAUAAUAUUCCGAUGUAUCUCAUGUUAUCAGGAACAAAUCAAAACGAAGAAGAGAAUAAAGUGCGAGCAAACGCGUUAACGGUUCCGAUUAUGUCAAUGAAACCAAGUGACGAAUUUUACCGCAAUGAAAACAACGCCGUCUAUGAUGAGAAUUCGACUUAUAAGAAGAGAAUCGAUGAGUUUAAAUCUUGUUGGACCGAUGAAGAGAAACAAACUUUUCAUGCAAAAUUCGCGCUUUACGGAAAGAAUUUUGCAGCAAUCAAGUGUUUCCUUGAGAGAAAGACUGUAAAAGACUGCGUGCUUUGGUAUUAUUUAUCGAAGAACACAAUGAAUUACAAAGGAGCUUUCAAGAAAAAUAAGCGAAAAAAUCCGAAGGUCUAUAAACCGCCGAUAAUGCCUAAAGAUGAUGAGCUCACGCAACUCAUACCUCAAUUAGCUGAAAAUAAGACAAGUGGAUUAUCGGCUGCAAUUGAUAGCAAAUGUUGUUUGUGCAACAUGAAGAUAAAUCUCACCAACAGUUCGCAAGCUCGGGUUCUCACAAGAAGCCUUUACGAUACGUAUGGUGUUGAUGCAAGAGAUACGGAUGUGAAAGUUUGCUCGCGUUGUCAAGCUGAAGUAAACCGAAAUCGAAACAGUCAGAAAUGUUUGACUCGUUCGUGCGAUCAAAAUAAGAGAAAGAGUAAAACUCUUCGCUCUCUGCCUGCCAAAUGGAAGAGCUGCGAUGAAAGAAUCAAGAGAUUCGUCGCUCAUCAUUUCGGCUUUCCGAGAGAGAUGACAAAAUGUUGUCCACCUUGCUUUAAAAAAGUCAACCGUAAAAUCGAUCAAGCGGUAGCCGGAGAAAUCGAAGAGGAAAUCAUUACCUGGGAAGUGGAUUCAGCGAGUCAAUGGCCAAAAGCAGAACUUGAUGCUUUAGAUCGAUUGGUGCAAGAGCAUGGUAGAAAUUGGGAGAUUGUAUGCACAUAUCUUUGUGGACGAACGGCCGAAGAGUGCAAGACUCAAUGGGAAAGUCGAAAUGGAAUUGAUGGAUUGCAAUCACAUUCGACUCUUGAUGAUGAAGAAGAAGAACAAGAUGAAGAAAAAAGAGAUGAGGAUGAUGGUGAUACGCUCGAUCAAGAGGCUGUCGAUGAAGAAAGCACACUCGACGUAUCGGAAUCAACAACUCUAUUGCACCCAGAAGUUUUGCUGGAAAAGGUCAAAGAAGAGCCACCCAGUGAGUCGAAUGAUGAGCGAGGAAGUGUGGAAUUGCCAUCCCACGAAGCGCCGAAUCCAUCACUCUUGCCCUCAACUUCUCCACUUAAAACCGAUUCAGCAAAAGAGCAAUCACAAAGAGUUGACUCAGGAGGAUCUAGUGAUGAUAUUAUGGUUGUGGAGGAACUUGUGGGUGGCUCGUCGAAAAGUUUGAUUAGAUCUAGCAAAACCGAUGACCCUUCUGGUUCUAAUCAACACAAAGGCAGCAUCACUCAAGGGACUCCUCUACGACCACCGUCGAUGCAGAGCAGUGCUGGACCAAGUGCUCAAGGAACUCCACUCAAUGCAGUGGGAACUCAAUCACAGCAAAAUUUUCUUGGCAACACGACUCCUGUACCAGGCAUUGCUGAUCCGGAGCUCUUGAGACAAUACAUGCAAAUUCAACAACAACUGCAAUAUCAACAACAGCUCCAACAGCAAAUACAGGCUCAACAGAUCCAAGCGGCGGCUCAACAAAACUCUUCACAAGCAUCAACCUCUCAACAACAAGGCUUCAAGUUUCCCUCGUCGACCUCAACACCCAACAACACCCAACCGACCCAACAAAUAAGUCAAGAAGAUCUCUUGAAAUUGCUUGUUGCUAUUCAAUCGGGAUCGGUCACUGGACAGGUGGACGUCAACAACCUCCUUCAAGCGUAUCGUAGGCUCAUGAGCUUGGCGAGCGAGGUUCAAAAUCUGGAAAAUAUUCAACAACAACUCUCCACUCAUGCUAUGCAAGAUAUUUCUUUGCUCGGACAAUUGCCACAAGUUGCUGCUCAAAUUCAAGAGAAAAGAGCUCUCGUGCAGCAAGAAGAAACACGUUUAGGGCAAAUUCUGCAGUCAUUACAGCGGGCUUUGUUUCAGCAACAAACAUCCAAUCAAAAUCAAGCACAAAAGUCGCAGCUUACAAAUGAUCAACGCUUUUUGAUGAAUCCGGAGAAUUUAUUCAAUGCGGCUAAGGAUAAACUCCAAAAGGCUUACCACGAUUUGGUGGAGAAACAAAAGUUUUACGAAGAGGCUCAGGCAAAGUUGCGACUUCUACAAGAAGCACAAACAAAUCAAGAAAAGAGGAUGACUCAAUUGAAUGUUGAUAUCCAGAAAACACAGUCGGCCGUUGAUGCCUAUCAAAAGUUGAAUCUUCUCUCCAAACAGGAUGCAUAUCGAAAAGAAUUAAUAAAACAGCAAUCGGAUGUACGGGAUACAAUGCAAACUCGAGAACAAACAAUACUUCAAAUACGAGUUGCUGGGCCACAUUUGCAAGCCACCAGCACACAAGCCGUCGAGGCUCAACGAGAGUUCCAGUUGGCUCAGCAGAUGUUCCAAGAAGCACAACGAAUUUAUCAAGAAUAUCAACAAAGAUUGCCGACAACCACCCAAUCUCUUCAACCAAAUCAGGGCCCUAUUGUAUCUGAAGCGCAAGAACAUCGCCAACAAGUUGCAAGAGAAGACUUCCGAGGCACUGGUGCUUUCCAGCCACCCGUUACAACACAAGCACAAAUUGCUCAAGCAGUAUUGCAACAACAAGCUCAAUUGGCGGCAGGUGUACAACCACUGAACAUAGUCGGCGGUGGAGCGGCUCUCGCUGGAAAUGAAGAAGGAAAAGAAGGCGAAGAACUGAGAAAAGCCGAAGCCGCUGUGCUCAAUGCUCAACAUCAACUCUUGCAAGCUCGAGAUGCUGAGAAAACUUCUCAACAAAAGACUGAGGAGCUAGGCCGUACCUUAUUAACUUUCACUUAUGCCAAUGGAACUGCUUUUAAUCUUCAUGGUUCUCAGAUACAACAGAUCCAGACACAAAUUCAAAAUGCAAAUGAGGAAAUGACAAGAAUGGCGAAGAAAACAGCUGAAGCACAGAAAAACCUCGACCAAGCUGAGGCUAGACGAUCUCAAAUCAAGGACACAAUUGCUGCUCGAUCAAAUGGUAAAGCGCAAGAAGCAGAAGAACGAGAACGACAAGUUUUUGCGCAUUAUGAGCGCUUUCUCUCAAAGGGUGCUAUGAAAGAUUUCCGAGAGCAGACUCCAACCUUGGCACCAUCGUCUCAGGCCCCAAAUACAGCCGUCAACUCACCAGCACUUCUUUCUACUUCUAGUGGUUUCCCGAUUGUUCCUGAUCCUUCUCCAAUUGCUUCUACGAGUAAACCAACUGUUUCUCCCGCUAUUGGAAUCAAUCGACCUGUUAUGGCGGGUGGCUCUUUAUCAUCGGGACGAUCAGCAGUGGCUGUAACAAGUGAUGAAAAUCGAGCACUUCUCGAUCGAGUUGUUCAUGAAGAAGUCUCCGCUCAUCCCGCUUCCUCAGAGAGAGCCGUUCGAAAAAGCGGACUUGGUACUUGUCUUCUUCCACAAGUUGAAACACACAAGCAACUACCCUCGCAAAUUCAGCGACGAACUGCAUCACCGUUGAACAUCGUCGUAUCAAGUCGGCCAGGAUCUGCUCAACUCCCAAUGGCUCAGAACUCACCUUCCCUUACGACUUUGUCAGCGAGCUCGAUUCUGUUCCCAGCUGGAAUCGGCCUUAAUAAUGUCGAUCGCCCGAGAUCACAUCAAGCCACCCAGCCUGGUCCAAUUUUACCGGCGAUGAGUGGAGGAUCGAAUGUUCGAGUGGGCACUCCCGCUUAUGAACCACUUUCUCCUGAAGCGACUGUCAGUCAAAGUCUUCAUCGACCGACCCGCCCACCCACUGCUAUUUCUUCAGGUCCAGCCAAAGAAAAGUUCUCCGUUCUGGACUUUGACUUUGAUGAUGAGUCGAGCACUGAAAUCACAUUCCCGGGCUGUGAUCAAAAUGUUUUAAAUUCCAGCCCGCCAGGCCCACCACCACCUCCUCCACCAUUUAUGUUGAACGCUGUCGGUGCCCCACAACCAAAUGAACAAUCCUUUGAGCCAUUGAGUGAUGAUGACUCA